AUGUGGAACUUCAAUAUUUUCCGUCAGCUCGUCACCUCACAGUCUCUGCUUUGCCCUGAUCAAAUGCCUGGUUGGCAAGGAAAUGCUGAGAAGGUCCGGGAACUGAUCGCUCGAUACAUCAGUGCCGAUGUUACAUCGAUUGCUCUCUUGCGUGACACGACCGAAGGCCUGAACAGCUUUAUCCGCAGUAUCAGUUUCAAGCCAGGAGACAAACGGGUAUGGUUGUCGCGGCCAAUGCAGAGACCUUCGCCCCCGUUUGUUGAUGGCCGAACUCGCGCCAUCGGCCUCAGUGCCCUUAGGCUCUAUAGGAUUCAUGUCCUUGUGAAUAUGACACAGCAGGCUGGUUUUGCGGCAGUUGAUGUCAUGCAUCUAAAUGUUUCGGCAGCGGCGUUUGAAGCCGAUUCCUCUCCUCCCAUCGUUGGGUACGGAGCUGUGUCAACUAUCCGGGGUGAUCUGCUGGCCCUCUAUCUUCAAUCGCCUUUUUAUGGAGAGCUACACGACUUGUCUCAGAUCAUACUACAGGCAAUCUUCACCUGCCAGGUUGUGUUACUAUUUAUCCAUGCUGGGAAAUUUAAGCUUAGAGUUGAUGACCCCAGGAGCACUAGCAAAGUGAAUUAUGUUGAAAGUUGGAAACCUAUUGGCCACAGAGGCGGCCGGAACCUGAGUACUGAUGUGUUGGACACCCACAAUGCCUACCGUGCUGUUUGUCACCUCGUCCACCGCCAUUAUACCAUGUCCCGCACAGAGCCGACCUCGCUGUUUGGCUCUCGUCCGGGGAACCACGCUCUAGGAAUCAGCAUUGUCGUGUUCAUGUCCAUCGCCCUCUAUAAUGCCGUCGAGCUGGUCGUGCUCAUCCCGCUAAGCUUCCACCGCUACAGCAGUUUAUAUUUCUGGGCGCUGAUGACAUCCACUGUGCUCGGUGUUAUCCCCGCAACUAUCGGACCGUCCUUGCAGUUCUUCGAUCUCAUACCGCUAUGGCUGAGUAUGGUGUUGUCGAAUCUUGGGUUUAUAAUGAUGGUCCCGAAUCAAUCUGUGGUGCUCUACUCACGGCUACACUUGGUGUCACAAAAUAAACUGGUCCUUGCCUUCGUGCGCUGGUUGAUAAUAUGGAGUCUGCUCACGAUCGUUGUUCCAACAAUAGUGUUGAACGUCGGCUCGAGCUACAUGCCACAGUCGCUUCCAUGGGUGCAGGGAUUCGAGGCUAUGGAACGGAUCCAGGUAACCUGGUUUGCCGUGCAGGAGACCUGCAUUUCCCUAAUAUAUAUCUGGUACACUAUUUGCAUGAUUCGACUUAGUCCAGACGAAGAUAAACGACGACACAAAAUUCUGUACGAGCUGGUGAUUAUCAACAUCAUGGCCAUUGUCAUGGAUAUAUCGCUCGUGAUCCUCGAGUACCUAGGGUUUUAUUUUACGCAGGUUAUCUUCAAGGCUACGGUUUACAGCAUAAAGCUGAAGCUUGAGUUCGCUGUGCUGAGCAUGCUGGUCUCUAUUGUGCAUCCGCCUAGGUCCAGCGUGGCCACAUGGGGAACUAACUGCACCGUGUCAACUUUCUCCUAG